CGUGACGGAAGCUCGUAGCGCCGCCGGUCGGCGGCGGCGGCGACGAGGCGUACCUCCUCGACCUCGCUGCGUGUGUACCCCGAAAUGGAAUCUUUCUGGACGUGGAACGGGAACACAUCAAAGCAUGAGCUGACAUGUUCACCCUACCCAAGCUCAGGACGACGGUUAAACGCCGCCACCUCCUCCUUGCCCUCUUUGUCAUCGGGGUCCUCUACAUGACACGUCAGUUGUUCUCCCUCCGAGAGGUCUCCAGGGGAAGCCAGACAAAAGGUGCCGGCAGGCCGAGCCCGCCUUCCAGUGCAAAGACUGUGGCGGCCCCUGGCGACGGCAAAGGAGAAAUGCCUUCAGUCAGGGGUGUCGCUCCGCAAGACCAGGCUCUCUACGCCAACAGGAAGUGGUUCAAAUGCCUCAAAGGAGACGUGACGAUCAUGUUCACUCAAGUCAACGACGAUUACUGCGACUGCGAAGACGGCUCUGAUGAACCGGCCACAAAUGCCUGCUUGAAUGGAAGGUUCUUCUGUAAACAGGAGACGCCUGGAAAGCCCGGAUACAUCCCGGCGACCCGCGUGAACGACGGCAUCUGCGACUGCUGUGACGGCAGUGACGAGUGGCUGGGAGUAUUUGCAGUGCCGCAGCUCAGGUUAUCAGAGAAGCAGCAGAUGAAGCUGGGAACCUUCCAGGCCCCCUGCAAAGUGCGCUGCUGAUCAAGCCCUAACCAAUUAACUCAAAACUCUCUGUGCGCGGUUGCUCGUCCAUGGGAAGUCACUGGCGGUUCCUCGUGCCAAUUGUCUCAAUUGCCGGGUUUUGCCUUGUGGCCCAGAGGGGUCGAAAGAUGGAAGACUGUGGGCUCGCUCCAGAGUGGUCAACAACCAGACGGCCAAUCCCAUCGCUUUGUUCACUUCUCAGCUUGUGCUGCGUUUAUGAAGUAGUAUUAAGUGGCUUCAAAAUGUGGUGCUUUACAUAUUAACCUACCACUCGUUUGAUGUGCCGACGGGUCGUGGCACCUACCGGCACUUAUAAUAAAGUUGUUUUGCAGUUCUUUUCCACCGGCA